GCAAAGACAGAAUUCAAUUUGCGCGCACGCACCUGAGCUGCCGCGCCUGCGUCCUCCCGUGCCAUCCUAGUGGACUCUCACUGAACAGAGUUGAAUCCAGCUACAAGUUCUGUUAAAUAGCCGGAUAUUAUGUACAGUGGACUUUUAAAGGAGGAGCCCUUUCUUGACCUCUCAGAUAGUAGUGUGCAGCAAAGAAGAACUUAAUCUCAUCAAAGCUGUUCUGGUGUACUGAAGAUCGUGUUGUUUUAAAUAAGGACUGAGCUCUGAGAGAGAGAGAGAGAGAGAGAAUAAUGGCUGGAUGUUGCAUGUCCGCGGAGGAGAAGGAACGGCAGAGGAUAAAUCAGGAGAUAGAAAAACAACUUAGGAAGGACAAGAAAGACUCCCGUAGAGAACUCAAACUGCUGCUGUUGGGCACAGGUGAGAGUGGCAAAAGUACCUUCAUUAAACAGAUGAGGAUCAUUCAUGGCUCUGGAUAUACUGAUGAAGAUAAGAAGGGCUUCAUUAAGCUCAUCCACCAGAACACCCUCAGUGCCAUGCAAUCCAUGGUCAGAGCUAUGGACAUGCUAAAGAUUGCUUAUGCUAACUCAGAGAACCAGGGUCAUGGUGCAUUGGUGAAUGAUACUGAGGUGGAUAAGAUCAUGAGUUUGGAACCAGACCAAGUGAACGCCAUCCGCAGUCUAUGGAAUGAUGCAGGGAUUCAGGAAUGCUACGACCGCCGUCGAGAGUACCAGCUAACCGACUCUGCCAAAUACUACCUGAGUGAUCUAGAUCGGAUUUCAGAUGCAGGGUACGUCCCAACGGAGCAGGACAUUCUGAGAGCCAGGGUUCCAACCACAGGUAUCAUUGAGUACCCGUUUGAUCUGGAGAACGUCAUCUUCAGGAUGGUGGAUGUCGGGGGCCAGAGGUCAGAGCGCAGGAAGUGGAUCCACUGCUUUGAGAAUGUCACUUCUAUCAUCUUCUUGGUGGCUCUGAGCGAGUAUGAUCAGGUUCUCGCUGAGUGUGACAAUGAGAAUCGCAUGGAGGAGAGUAAAGCUUUGUUUAAAACCAUCAUCACGUAUCCCUGGUUCCAGCAGUCAUCUGUGAUUCUCUUCCUGAAUAAAACAGACAUCCUGAAAGAAAAGAUCGUCCAUUCUCACCUGGCCACCUACUUCCCAGAAUUCACAGGCCCCCAGAAUGAUCCAAAGUCAGCACAGGAAUUUAUUCUUAAGAUGUACCAGGAGCAAAACGAGGAUAAAGACAAAUCCAUCUACUCCCACUUCACUUGUGCCACCGACACGGAGAACAUCCGUCUGAUCUUCGCCGCGGUGAAAGACACCAUCCUCAGACACAAUCUAAAAGAGUUCAACCUGGUUUAAGAUCCACCUUUAGUCUCUUUCCUGAAGGCGAAUCCCUAGUCCUACUCUCUGAAAGCCCUUCUUCCAGAUCUGACGUUGAGUAGUUAGCCGUCACAUUAUAUGAACAUUAUUCUACUGUUGCUUAAGAACUUUGAGGAAUUAACUAGGGGAAGGGCUCAAUGGAGUAGAUCUGGACUGAGUUCUUAAAAACAAGCCUUAAUCUACCAUUACAUGGACGAAUUGUAUUUUUAAGUCCUGUUUAGAUCCUCUUAGGUUACAUCUAGAACAGAUGAAGUUGUGGCUGUUUUGUUCUUUCUGCAAGUAGAAGUUAUAAAGGAGGCUACUUCAUAGAUUUAAGGCGCAUAUAAAGACGAAAGACAUUUUUGCUCGUUUUACUGACGUAAUUGAUCAAAGUCUCAAGGACACCUUGUAUAAGAUCAUUUAAAUGGCAAAGUAGAGGAAAAAGUUUACAUGUAAAAAUUGUUGUUCUGGAUUAAAAAAAAAAAAAAGAGCGCAAACAUGCUCUGCAGGUGCCUUAUGUAGUUUAUGUCACAUGCGCCUGAAUCAUUAGUCGUUAGAAGAAAUUAAAAUAUAUUAAUUUAUCACUGUAAAAUAAUAUUUACUAUCUGUUUUAAAGGAUGUGAUGGUUUUAGUGUAUAACAGUUUACAUUGUAAAUAACAUUUACAAUCAUCUUGAACAUAUGCAUAUUCUAUAUAAAAAAUAAAAAAAAUGAACCAUAUCACAGGGCAAACUUCAAAGACUUUUUUUCACAUUUAUCUUACACAGACACUAAACAGAGUUAUAGUUUCAUUCUUUAUUUUACCUCAGUACUGUAUGUGUACUAGUGCUGGAGAACAAGUUGUAGUGAAUACCUGAAGUGCCUUUGAACUGUAAUGCCUUUGAUAAUAUUUAUUAAAUGGGAAUAUAAAGCUUAUACAGACAUGUCUUUGCUUUAUUACUUAUUAAAAUUCUAUUCAUAAAAAGGAUAACUCUAUUCUUCUUGGAUAAGCCAUUGUAAAAGGAGGAUAAAUGUUGAUGGCAAAUUCUAAUGCAAACAUAAACAGCCUACAGUUAUGGU